GUCAUCCAGACGGGCGGCCGCCGGCCGCGUUCGUUCGUGAAGGAGUCGGAGAGCGGCUAUGGCGAGCCCUGCUGCCGCCUCUGUGAGGCCGCCCAGGCCCAAGAAAGAGCCGCAGGCGCUCGUCAUCCCCAAGAAUGCGGCCGAGGAGCAGAAGCUCAAGCUGGAGCGGCUCAUGAAGAACCCGGACAAAGCGGUUCCAAUUCCAGAGAAAAUGAAUGAAUGGGCUCCUCGAGCUCCUCCGGAAUUUGUCCGAGAUGUCAUGGGUUCCAGUGCUGGGGCUGGCAGUGGAGAGUUCCACGUGUAUAGGCACCUACGGCGGAGAGAGUACCAGCGGCAGGAUUACAUGGAUGCCAUGGCUGAGAAGCAAAAACUGGAUGCAGAGUUUCAGAAGAGACUAGAAAAGAAUAAAAUUGCUGCAGAGGAGCAGACUGCAAAGCGCCGGAAAAAGCGCCAGAAGUUAAAAGAGAAGAAGUUACUGGCAAAGAAGAUGAAACUUGAACAGAAGAAACAGAAGGAAGAACCCAGUCAGGGCCAGGAACAGCAUGCCAGCAGCUCUGAAGAGUCAUCUGAAACGGAGGAGGAGGAGGAGGAAGAGGAGCCCAGCGUUGUCAUCAUGGGGCGAUGAGGAGUUUCAGCAGUCGUGAGCCCAGCUCAUUCUGUGACCAGCCUCAGAAGAGAAAUGGCUGUGUGUGACCAGCUGCCAGACUGGCUGUGUUGGGAGAAGGCAGGCACCUCCUGCAGCCCCGCCUGCCUGGGGAGCAGAGGGAACAGCAUACCCUAGACAUUUGCAGAUGGCAUUCUGUAUCCUGCCUGCUCUUGCUGAAGGGGAGUGAGUGCUCCACCUUCCCCUGGUGCCGUUCCCUUCUGCUCGAACAGCAGUGAGCUCUGCGCUGGUUUCUGUGGAGGGAAUAUUUAUUUAGUAAAGAGCAGAAAACCU